AUGGGAACGAUGUUGAGCAAUUUUGUGUUUCUCUGUCUCUUGAGAUUCAGUGACAGCACAGGUCUCCACCUUCAAGGAGAUUAUAUCCUCUCUGGCUGGUUUGCUCUGCAUAAUUCAGAUUCCACCAUCCCACCAACUCCUUACCUGAAUGACUGCAAGAAAGGUUUGACCAACAAGCAUGGCUAUCAUCUGGUGCAGGCCUUCAGAUAUGCCGUAGACGAAAUUAACAACGGCACCCAGGACAAGCAGCUCCUUCCUGGGGUCACACUGGGCUACCGGACAUAUGACAUAUGCUCUCUCCCAGCCAGCAAUCUGGCCACCUUGGAUCUGCUGGCCCAGCAGCUGCACCCCUCAGCUGUGGACAGCCGUGCGGUGGCCAUCAUUGGCCCUGACAGUAGUUCCUAUGCUUUCACACCAGCAGCUGCACUAGGGGUGUUCCUGGUUCCUCAGAUCUCUUACGAGGCUACAAAUGAACUGCUUAGCAACAAGCUCCUCUAUCCAUCUUUCUUCCGCACCAUUCCAAGCGACAAAAACCAAGUCAACGCAAUGAUCCAGGUUCUCGUCAAGUUUAACUGGACCUGGAUCGCCCUUCUCGGUAGUGACAAUUCAUAUGGUAUACAGGGAAUGCAAAGCCUAUCAGAGCAAGCUCCACUUAACAAUAUAUGCAUCGCAUACCAAGCCCAGAUCCCUGCGGUAACAGACAGCACAAAGAAAUACAUGCAAGACAUGGUCAAAAACAUCCUCAAAACUAAAGUCAACACUAUAGUUGUCUUUGCCAAUAAGAGACGGGCUGCAGGUUUCUUUCCUUUUGUUAUUGCCCAAAACGUGACGGGUAAAGUGUGGAUUGGGACAGAGGACUGGUCAGUGGCGUCGACGGUUAGUAGUAUUCCAGGAAUCAGUAUGAUAGGGACAGUCAUUGGUGUUGCUGUUAAAUAUACUGAAUUUGAUGGUUUUGACAAUUACGAAAGGCUUUCUGUGCCCGGGCUAAAAAACCCUGGUCAAUUUAACCUCAGUGUCCCGUGUAUGCAAAACACAAACCUUUACGAUAUAGCAAUUAAUGGCUUUUCUUUGUCGCAGUACGACAUUACCUCCUCAUUUAAUGUGUAUAAGGCUGUUUACGCAGUGGCUCAUGCGCUGCACAAUGUACUGGAUUGUGACUCUGGACUGUGUCAGAAAUAUGACGUGCAGCCAUGGCAGGUUUAUGAGCAGCUGAGACAAGUGCGCUUUUCCAUCCGAAAUGCAUCAUUUUACUUUGAUAAGAAUGGAGACCCUCCCACGGGUUAUGACAUAGUGACUUGGGAAUGGACGAAUGGGUUGUGGUCAUUUAAGGUGGUGGGAAAUUACAGUCCUAGUGCCAAUGAUCUUCAUUUAGACGACUCUCAGAUUGACUGGUCAGGACAAGUGUCUCCUGUAACCAAUGUUCCUGAGUCUAUAUGUUCUCCGGAAUGUCCUUAUGGAUUCAGAAAGCUGAUGACAGGACAGCAUAAGUGUUGCUUUGACUGCAUGGCAUGCCCUGCGGCCACCUUUCUCAACAAAACAGGCUACACCAGCUGCCAGCCGUGUCCAAUAGAUGACUGGUCUGAAGCAGAGAGCGAGGUGUGUUUGCCGAGGGCAGAGCUGUACCUGUCCUGGGGCGCUCCUCUCACCACAGCCCUGAUCAUUUAUCUAGCCGUGACUCUGUUUGUGACCCUGGGCACAACGCUGGUCUUUCUGCUGAAUCUCAGCACUCCUGUGGUGAAGUCGGCUGGAGGAAAGACCUGUCUGCUGAUGCUGGUGUCUAUGAUCGUGGCCUGCUGCAGCACCUUGUGUCACUUCAGCAGGCCGUCCCGUGUCGGCUGCCUUCUCAAACAGCCCCUCUUUGUCAUCAGCUGCACUGUGUGCCUGGCCUGUGUCACUGUGCGCUCUUUUCAGGUUGUUUGUAUAUUCAAGUGGUCCUCCAAGCUGCCAAGAUCCUAUGAAACCUGGGCGAAGAAUCGAGGGCCUGAGAUGUUCAUCCUCAUCACGACGGUGGUGGAGACCUUCAUCUCUGUUCUCCGCAUGCUCCUUGACCCCCCGUUUCCAUCUCAGGACUACAACUUCUACCAUGACAGCAUUGUCCUGGAGUGCAGCAAGACUCUGUCUCUCAGUGCCUUUGCUGAGCUCUUUUUUGUCUGUGCGCUGAGCUUAGUUUGCUUCUGCCUGAGUUACAUGGGCAAAGAUCUGCCAGCCAAUUACAAUGAGGCCAAGUGCAUCACAUUCAGCCUUAUGAUUUACAUGAUUUCUUGGAUCACGUUCUUUACAGCUUACUGUAUUUCCAGAGGGAGCUUCGUCAUGGCACUAAAUGUAGGGGCGAUUCUUCUUAGCGUGUUGGGGAUACUCGGCGGAUACUUCUUGCCAAAGGUGUACAUAAUCUUGAUUAAACCCCAACUCAAUACAACGGCUCACUUUCAAAACUGCAUUCAAAUGUAUACCAUGGCCAAGCAGUGA